UCUCCUGCACGCUCUUUUCAGUCCUGCAGUGACUCCGUCUUCCUUGAACGCUAAUAGUGGCGGUACCAGGCACAUCUGUCCAAACCCAAGAGCAUGGCUAACACGAAGAAGCGUAAAGUGGACUUUGAAAACCGUCAGUUUAAAUCUGACUGGACUGAUCGUUUUUGUUUUAUUUUACCAGAUCAUGCUAAAGCUAAGCCGACAUGCUUGAUUUGCACGCAAACUGUGGCUGUCUGCAAAACAGAUAAUCUGAAGCGGCACUUCAACACUAUGCAUGCUGCCAGUUUCAAUGCCAACUAUCCUCCAGAAUCUGAUCAGCGCAAGCAAAAGAUAGCAAAUAUGAUAACAUCAUGCAAGCACUCCGUAUCGACGAUCUCUAAAUCAACAUCGGCACAAGAGAGCGCCACAGCUGCAUCAUUGCAGGUAUCCUGGAACGUGGCUAAAGCUAAGAAGCCAUUUGCUGAUGCUGAGUUAAUGAAAUCCUGUGCAGUUGCUAUGGUUAGCGAAGUUUUACGUCAUGAUGAAAAACAAAAGAAGACUGCUGUAGAACUACUAAAGCAGGUGCCAUUGUCGGCAAAUACGGCUACACGAAGAGUGGAAGUUUUAGCCGCGGACUGUAUUUCCCACCUACUCACCGAUUUGAAGAAAGCUGAAGCUAUUUUUUCACUAGCCAUAGACUCGUCCUGUGACCGCACUGAUAUGGAACAGCUUUCUGUUUUUGCAAGAUUUUUUGAUGGAAAGACGUUUCGGGAAGAGUUGCUGUGUCUUCUUCCUCUGACUGGGCGCACAACCGGGGAAAUCAUCUUUACCGAACUGUCUCAAUUCUUUGUGAAGAAUGGCUUGGAUGUUGGCAAAAUCGUCUCCAUUGUCACCGACGGGGCUCCGUCGAUGGUGGGACAACACAAGGGCUUGGUUUCCCAGAGACUAUGGGUUGAGGAGGAAUUGGAAGUUUGUCGGCUUAGACCUGGUGUCAUUCCAUCAGUGUUUAACUUCCCGGCUCAUCUUGGAAGAGUAUGUGCCAGAAAGACCACGACCAAGCAGCCUUGAGAUCUUAGGCAGCGUCUCCCUGAGACCAAAGAACUACAGACUCUUCACAACCUGCUCAAACUCUUGGUACAGGACCUCACCACACGGGUCAAGAAGGUUUCUGUCUCAUUUCUACUCUGAAGCUCACCUUCUCCUGCUCAAACUGCUGACAAAUGUUUCUGCUGCUCUAAAGUCUGGCCUCCAGAACUUCCUAAAAACUCUCAAAGUCUCUUCUGCUGCAGGUUGCUAUGUAGAACUGUUGCAGAAAACCUCACUAAAGCACAUGGAGGGGCCUCAAGAUAGUCGUCCAAAUGAAACCAUACAAAAACCAAACUAGUACAACCCAAACGCUAAAGUCUCCUGCAGCCUACCAGAGAACCUCUGAGAACAGAGAAUCAGGACAGGAACUCUUACCUUCUGGACAACCAACGUUGGUUCUCAAACAAGAAUACAGAAUGUGUCUGACCAAAAACCUCUGAAGACUCACUACAGCCAAGAUAAAGACACAGCUGCACCAAAUCCACUAAUCACUGUACACAUUAGCACCAUGUGCCAACUGUGGCUAAAGAACCACAUUUACCAAGACAAUUAUCCAGUACAAAGCCCUAAAACACACCAAGAAACACAUUAAAGACAAUUUUACUGCUGGAAGCUGCAAGCCAACGCCUAAAGAACAGACUAAAGCAAUGGAGCCAAAGUGGUGAAGAGAAGCAGAGGAAAUGUUUGAAUGCAGCUAAAUAAAGCAGGAAGACACUGAGCUGCUCAGGUGUUCCUGAUAACACCAAGCAGCCACCUGGACAGCCAAUAGGAACACAGCUUACUGGAAGUCCAGAGGGCUGGCUUAGUGAAGGAAAUUUAGUUUAAAGUUGAAGCAGAAAGUUAACAAAGAAAGUUGAAAACCACCUUCUGAUCCCUGAAAUCUCUGAGUUUUCACACAAAGAACACCUGAACAUGUCAAACUGGUUCCAUAGUAGAACCAUCAUUGUAAAAACGUCAUAGUAUGGUGUGUUGCUCAAAAAACUUCAGGACCCGGCUGUCAGGGGACCAACAUGUAAGAAACAUGAGAACAGAGAGAACCCAACCAGUAGGUCACAGUUUAUCAUCCCCCAGUCAUCUCCUGAAGUCCAUAUGGUGAGAGACAUCAGUAUCUGGUUGUUCAUUUACCAGAGGAUGCUUAUAAUCAUGCUGAUGUGGUCUGUACUCUACAGUAUUUUAGUGACUCAAUAAAUGCCUAAGUUGUUUUUUUAAAAAUGCUUUUUAGUUUUUAAUAAACAUUUAAUAGAUUUGAACGGCCUCUAUGAAAGACUGUGCUGUCCUGUUGCAAACCUGAAUAGUGACUGUUAAUACUGAGAUAGAGCUAUCAUUUUAGUCUCACAGCGAGAAACACUGUAACCUCUUUUUUGUUAUUCGCUAGCAAUCAAGGCCUUUUCUGAUGAUUUACAUCAAUACUGGAUAGUUUCAAAAACUUUUUCUAAGCUUUGAUGCACUGGUAAAGCAGGAAAGGAAGACAGGUGCUCCACUUGUUAGGAACAUGCACCUUUUACUCUCAGCAAGCACCCAGUGGUUUUCAAAAUUGCACACACACAAAAUCUGAUAUAGACAGAUGAAUGCUUUGCGAUAUAAAUUCACAUGUUUGCACUUUUUCAGCCUGCAGGUGUAACCUAAUAUUCCUGAUGUACUGUAACCUAACCAUUAUGCCCCUUACAUUACCGCCUAUAUGUAAUCAAUAAAUGGCCUUUGUCUAUCUUAAGAAAAAUUCACUCAGAACUCUGAUAUGUUAACAGUACUAAAUAAAUCAAUAAAUACAUGCAUACACACUAAAAUAAGUUAAUACAUUCACUGUGUUAAGAUAAGAUUUAUAUUUUUAAAAAAGUUGUUUAUGUUUUUGCAGAAUCCAGUAUUGCUCACUGGUUGGUCAUUACAUUUUGUUAGUUUGAUUUCACUGUUUAAAAUGAUGCCACCUCUUUUCAGACAGAACCUGUGAUAAUAAAACAAUACAAAAUUUUUAGUUCCGUGUUAAUAAAGCACUUAAAGCUUUACGUAUGGCUAAAUGCUUUUUUCAAAAUUAAAUAUAUCACUCACUAUGGAGUGAACAGGGUCCGUCUGCAAUUUGCAAAACCGCUGCAACAGUAAAGAGAGACAAAUAUUCAAUAACUUCACUCUUAUACAUUGUAGUGUCACUAAAAUCACUGCAGCCUUCAACUGGCUCCUGUUGACAAAGUGUUUUAACAGAAAUGUAAAUGCUGUAAUUUGAUUCUUUUAAUGAACCAUGUAACUUGAAUGGAUGUGAUGCUGGUGUGACCACAGUGCACACAUCUGAUGUUGCUCACAGUGGUCCAAGGGACGCUCAGGGAGUUUGUGUGUUUGCUCAGACUCAUGAAAAUUAGAGGAAACAUUGGCUACCGGCAAUGUUUAAUCACUAUUAAUUAACCUAAGUAGAUUUCAGGUGUGUCUGUGUGUGUGUGUGUGUGUGUGUGUGUGUGUGUGUGUGGUUACAGAAUACAGGCUGCAAUGUAGAGUUGAAGCCUGGCAGUGGUUUUUAAAGAAGUAUUGUGGGACAGGACUUUGAAAUGGUUGUUAUUCAUACCCAUCACUAUCUAUGAUAUCAAAGAUUAUUAAUAAAAAAUUGAGCAACAAGUCAAGAUUCAUAAAUGACUUUUAUUGGUCAUUACUUGCAGAUUGUUGUAGAACUUUGAUUUUUUUUUUUUUUUUUUUUUUUUUUUUAAAUCUGCUGUCCUCCUUCUAUUGACACUCAGAUUUCUUCACUCAAUCUCGGUCUCUGCUUUGGAGUAGAUGGUAAUGAUGAAGCUUGCUGUCUUGCCGGGAUCACACGUGCUGGGAAUGAUCAAGUACUCUCCCGCCUCCAAACUGUGCAUCUCAAUCUUUUCUCUUGUCUCCUCAAAGACACUGGCUUUUGGAGGUGGUGCAUCCUGUACGUCUGAUGGUGAAAGUCGUCCUUUGGGUGUCUACAAAGAUUAGAAAAGGGGCAUUUGCUUAUGUAUGCAUGGAAGCAUUUUGUAUGCGUUAUAUUUAUGUUUUUAAUGCAGAAUUAUUAUAAAUAAUUCUUUUCUUACCCCUGAUGGCACCUGUUUAGAAAUAAAGCACAAGGAAGUAAGUACAGCUGUUGUGUUCUUGUGCACAUAUUUAAUCACAGAUUCACAAACACUUUACUGGCCUUGUAGAUGGUGAACCCGAUGUAGUAAUAUGUAACUUUGCUGCGAUAUUCUUCAUCUGGUUUCUGCAGCAGAGACAGUAAGAUGUUGUUGCCUCCUUUGAUGUUUUUCACUGUGAGACGGUACUGUGGAUUUGUCCAGAAACCCUCUGAGGAAAAGAGCAUUCACAGUGAUAUUUUAUAUUUCUUAUGAACAUCUGUGUUUUGUUUUGUUUUUUUACCAUUUACAGCUGAGAUACAUAAACUUGAUUAAAGGUCAAAUAUUGUGUCA